AUGUUCCACAAAUUCCUUCAAAGUGCACGUGUGACUGUGUGCUACCGCCGAAGGUACCGUCCUCCGAGCAGCGAAGCAAUGCGAGAGGCACAGCAAGCUGGAGAAUGCUCGAGACAGGCGGAGGUUGUCGGUGCGAAGCCGGGCAGCCCGGUCGAGUCAGAGCUGAGCCUAACCUUGGCGCUGGAGGACCGAUCGAGCGACGACGCGGACUCGGUUGCGGAUUGCUCAACGCAGAGCUUGGCGGUGCUCGAUUGGGAGCUGCCUGAGCUGCGAUUUUGGCUUUCUGGCGCCCACGCUUUGCAACCGGUUGGCUCGAUGCGCGUCGGCUGUCACAGCGGAACCUUCGGCUUCCUCGGCGCAAAGGAGCGAGAAAAAAGAGAAGGAGCCAAGCACGCGUUGGGCGCGUCGGUCGAGCAUUUGACGCGCAUGUCCAGCCGAGCCCCGACCGAUGGCGGAACGCCCUCAGCUCACAUCGUCCUUGAGCAAUCCGGGCCAGGCUCGGCGCACCUUCGAAAUGGCUGA